AUGGGAAUCUCACGGGGAAAAGUCGUGCUUAUACUAAUAACGCACAUCCAGGCUGCAGCUUGGUUCAUUGAUUGGUUUCGGCCUUUUUGGUUUCUCAGUUUUUGUGUUCUCCAGCUGCACGCCAUGACUACCGAAGCCACGAAUCCAAAAUCCGUGUUCGAUUUUGUUGUCAAGGAUGCUAAGGGCAAUGAUGUUGACCUUGCUACUUACAGUGGAAAAGUCCUGCUGAUUGUCAAUGUUGCUUCCCAAUGUGGCUUGACCAACUCCAAUUAUACGGAGCUUAAUCAAUUAUAUGAGAAGUAUAAAGAUAAAGGUCUCGAGAUACUGGGAUUUCCAUGCAAUCAGUUUGGUGCACUAGAACCUGGAAGCAAUAAUGAAAUCGUGGAUUUUGUCUGCACUCGCUUCAAAUCAGAAUUCCCCAUCUUUGAUAAGAUUGAAGUGAAUGGUGACAAUACUGCGCCACUGUAUAAGUUCUUAAAGUCUUGCCAAUGGGGAAUUAUUGGGGAUAAUAUUCAGUGGAACUUCGCCAAAUUUCUAGUUGAUAAGAAUGGCCAAGCCGUGGGUCGCUAUUAUCCCAUAACUUCUCCUCUCAGCCUUGAACGGGACAUCGAAAAGCUUUUGGGCAUUAUAUGAAUGCAAGAAUUCAACUUGGAAGAGAUCAUGUUGAAUGUAAACUGUCAAGCAUCUCAUAUGACGAAGAACUUUUGGCUUUUCCUGGAUGUUGUUGUUGUGCAUUAAUGUUAGGAUUAAGAGUCAUUUUUAUUUCUAAACUAUACACGAAAGGUUACAAAUGCCCCUACAUACAAUUAUGGAUCAAUUUUUUUCCUAAAUUUUAAAUGUUCUCUUCCUUAUCA